AUGUUGGUUGAUAUAUUAGAAUGGAAUGGAGUUGCCACUUGGUCAUGGGAUGUUCCCUCAGAAGAAGUUUGUGGUAUUUGUCGAGUUUCAUUUGAUGCAACAUGUUCAAAUUGUAAAAUACCAGGAGAUCAAUGUCCAUUAGUUGUUGGUGAAUGUACACAUAGGUUUCAUAUGCAUUGUAUUGUGAAAUGGUUAGAGAUUGAAACUUCAAAAAAUCUUUGUCCAAUGUGUAGAAGAUCAUUUAAAGCUGUUCAUGGUGAAAAACAAUUAGGUGGUUCUCAAGUUCUUUCAUAUAUUGAAUCAUUUAAUUUUGAAGGAUGA